AUGUUUGCAGAGUCCUGUAACGACGAGGAUGGAGUGACCGCCAUGCUUUCUGAGACAAACACCGAACCAAGUCCUCGUUCACAUGUCUAUCCCUCAUCCUUGGGCUCAAACCACUUCAGGCUCAUUUACCUCACCGAAUCUGGGGAUGUCUCGUCGCCCAUCCACUUCCGGCUGGAAGAAUACGCUUUCAAUGACUAUCCGGAAUACGAAACGGUUUCCUACGUCUGGGGAGGAGAAAAUUGCGACUCCACCCUCUGCAAGCCUGUCUACGUUGGUCGUUUCUGGGAUGUUGAUCUGGCAACACGUAAUUGCUCGGCUCUUCUACACUACUUGCGGCGUCGCCAAGUCUGUCGCGUCCUAUGGGUGGACGCCAUCUGCAUCAACCAAGCCGACAACACCGAGAAGCCAGCACAAAUUCCCAGAAUGGGCGAUAUCUACUCCAAUUGCGAGCGAGUAGUGGCUUACUUGGGAGAAGACUUGGUUUCGCGUCCUCCGGGGAGGACUUAUUAUCGACCCCGCAUCGACGUACAGAGGUUGAUCGAUGAACGAGUCGAGAACCACUUCGAGAGACCCUUCGACCAAACAGUCAUGGAAAGUACAGAACUUCCCAAGAUUUGUGCCAAUGGUGCCCGGAUAAGCCAGGAUCAACUUUUCCAGAGGCGACAUUUGGCUCGAAUAUGGGCUGUGCAGGAGCUCUUGCUCUCAAGUAGGGCCAUAUUUCCCCUAGGUGAUUUCGAUAUCCUCUGCGACAGAAAAGAAGCCAUCCGCCUUAUCUUAAGGUCAUCCGGAGAACAGCUCAAUCUUUCAGCUGUUACACGAUCUCUCGCCGUCUUUUACAGGCUACUUGUCACUGCCACGCGAGUGACCCUCGAGACAGGGUAUAUGGCCUCUUGGGUCUCUUCCAACCGCAAGACUUCUCGCAAGACCUAA